AUGAACCUCAUCUACUCCCGCUCGUGCCUCGCCAUCAUCGCAUCCGCCGGAUCGGGGCCUGAGUAUGGACUACCAGGGGUCGGCAAGACGGCGCGGCAGUUGCCCCAGACCUUCCGAUGCGGGUCACAUGUGCUACGACACUGGCUUUACCGGCCUUGGGUCCGGAAACAAAUCCGAUUUUCGACGUGGAAUUCGCGGGCGUGGACUUUCCAGGAGGCAGCAUUGUCCCCGAGACGCCUGUACUUCACCGACUACUUUGCCCUGUUCGAGGCCGGCGACCACAGGGACCGCGGGCUGGAGAGCUGUAUCGAGGGCUCGACGGACUGUCGGUCCUCGCUUUUCAUGCCCGCUUGGCGUUUUGACAUGAACGAGUUGUGGUACGUGUCGACCUACGUCCACAGAUGUCUUUCGGUAGAAGCGGACGUGUUUUGCGCGUUCCAGGGUUUCCAGACGCACCUCAACGACGUCAGCUCCGACACUUACCUCAUGUACGGGCUCGAAGUCGAUACGAAAGAAUGCGAUCUUUCGCGAGCUUUAUGGUGGUGUAUCCCUCAUCCCAUCGAACGCCUUCAAGAGCGGCGGAAAGCCCCGAGCUGGACGUGGCUAGGAUGGCGAAUCUCAUCCAAGUGGCCGCACGCAGCUUGGUGGGUCGUCAAUUCGUUUUAUCUCGGGGCAUCAGUCCGAUAUGUCGGAUCCGCGAAGCUGUCUCUUGUGUACGAUGAUGACUACGUCUUUCCGUGGGGCACCAUGACAAGGGAACAGAUGGUCAAGUUGACCAGUGACCGAGACGACGGGUCCAUCAAAUCCUUGAUCGCGAACGGUUGGACGUUCAGCGUCCAGGACCUCUUGUCACCGCCGCCUGAAGACGACUCUAUCAAUCCGUUCAAAGAGGAUAAUCCGGAUGCGCGGGACAAGCUGGCCAGACCCAGUCUUGUCGAAAAGCUGGAGCGCGCGUUUGCGUUUUACGGCCUACAUGCAGACCAGAUAUCUGACCCCCGCAAGGCCCUCUGUCUCGUUUUGGGGAGCGUACACCUUGCCCAGGGCAAGCCGUCAGAUAUCGUUUCCGAGAAUCCCGGUUUGCUCAUCUUGGUCGUGGCGUCGACGGACCAGGGCGAAACGUGGCAGCGCGUCGAGGCGUUAUACGUCGAGGGGAAGACGGAGUUGGUAGAUUGCCAAUGGGCGGCUUUCGGGUGGGUGAAGCGCAAGCUCAGGAUUUACUAA